CAACAACAAAUCGUGCAAUCGCGAUCAAUUUCUGGUGAAAAUUCAGGAUGGAUUUCGAUAGCCCUGACUGUGUGGAAAAGGAUUUUCCUGGUUUGUACGCCUCCGAUGCGAGCGGAAAAAGCAAAAAAGAUGACAAAGAUUUUAGUGACGCUGAUCCGGAAAAGGUCAGCAAAAAGGAACUGCUAAUAGGCCGCAGAAAGGAUAAGAAGGAAAAGAAAACGGCUUACGCCACCUUGGAGGGUGAAAGCUCACCGGAAGAGGAGCUCGAAACAAAGAGCCCUUCGAAGACUAAAAAAUCCAAAACAUUCAAGUUCCCAUCGAAGAGCAAGGAAAAGAGGGAAAAAUCGCGCGAGAAGGACAAGGAAAAGCCGGAAUCUUCGAAACAGGAGGAAAGCAGCAAGGCACCGGAGAAAAAUGAAAAAGAAAAGGAAAAGAAAAAAGAUAAAGAUAAAAAGGAAAAGGAUAAAAAGGAGAAAUUGAAGGACAAAAAGGACAAAAAGCUGAAGCAGGGCAGUGUCAGCGAGGAGGUACUGGAGCUAGGCGAUGCGCAACCCAUUUUUGGCGUGUCACUUGGUUUGGCAACCGAACGUAGUCGUUGCCACGACGGUGUGAAUCUGCCGUUGGUUGUUCGCGAUUGUAUCGAUUAUCUGCAGGAACAUGGUCUACAAAGUGAACAGAUAUAUAAGGUGGAGGCUGUCAAAACAAAGCUACAGCAGCUGAAACGCACCUACAACAACCGCGAGGGAUCGUGCAUCAGUGAGAUGGACGUACCGAUUGCCUGCGGACUGCUGAAGAUGUUUUUGCGCGAGCUUCCGGAACCGAUACUUACCACGGAUUUGUCGUCUCGUUUUGAAGAAGUCGCCUCACACUCGCAAGUCUCGCAGCAGGAGCAGGAGCUGGUCUGCCUGGUCGAACAGUUACCGAGCUGUAAUAGAACGCUUCUUUCGUGGAUGUUUAUGCAUGUGGAUGCUGUGACACAGAAUGAGGAUUUUACAAAGAUGAAUGCGCAGAACAUUGCGAUGCUGCUCAGCCCAACCUUUCAAAUGUCGCACCGCUUGUUCGUAGCGAUACUGUGCCAUUGCAGCACUCUGUUCGCUGACACAAGCUUACAUAAAUAUGUUCCCCCGUUGACCGCAUCAAGCCCAAAUUUACCAGAAACGCCAGAUGAAAUAUCGUUGGAGCUAAGGAAACAAGAAAGUCUACUAGCUCAAAUUCAUGCCGAAAUGAAUGCCGGAUUUGUUACAAAGAAGCGCGAAGAGCAACUAUGGGAAGUACAGCGUAUUAUUACACAACUGAAGCGUAAAUUGCGAUCAUUUGAAAAAAAGUCUGAUUGCGUACAGAAAAGUCUCGACGAUACGGUAGAUGGAGAUAUUUCAAUUGAUUUAAAUUUACAAAAAUCGAAACUUUCGUGUUCGGAUGAUGAAUCUUCCAUUAAAACUGUAACGGCUAUUUCAACCGAGUCGGCAACAAAUACGGAAGCCAAAAACACACCACAAGAAACUUCGGACGAAACGGGACCAGCAGAGCGGAAAGCCUCAAUCACGGAAUCUCCUGAUACGGCUAUGGUUAAACCGGAUGGUUUAGGUGUGCCUCAAUCGGCGCCGGAAACAACCUCCAUGAGUGACAAGGUUACCGUAACCGAUAAUGGCUUUUUGUUGCUGCCGCAGAACCAUCCGGAAUAUCUUACACUCAUACGGUUGCAGCUAGAAAACCAAGAGCUGGUAAACUGGAAAGCCCAGCUGCAGGCUCGCAUUCAAUCGGAGAGGGACGAAAUAGUGCAAAUGAAGAAACUGCUCGUAGUUGACGGGAGCAUGGCCACGACCGUUGGUGUCGAUGCAUCGAUAAUGGCCAGCGAAGAGCAUGAGAAACUGAUGGCUCAUUAUCUGAAGGAAAAUACUCUGCUCGAACAGAAGCGCCAGAUGCUGGCAAAGGAAAUAUUCGAAGAAAAUAAGAAUCUGAUACAGAUGCAGGUGGAGUUGGCUUUAAAUCGGUACAGAAUAUAAGAUAGGCCAGACAAAUCCAAGAAGAAUACGUUUAAUUUGCUGUUUUUGUAUUAAAAUCAAAAAUUAUUUAACUGAAUUGCUAAUGAAAAUGCAAUACAAUGCAUCUAGCAAAUAAUUGUUCGGUAAUGGGAAAUGUAUGCAACAUGUUAGGAACAUUCAGUGUAUGCAUUAUCCCAACAUUAGCAUUGAUACAGAUCAUUCAAACAUUUGGUGUGUUGUUUAGCUUAUUGUUUGCAAAUCAAUGAAGGCAAAUAGUAAUGCAAUUUUAAAAUGCCUGAGCUAAUCAUAAAUAAAAUUCAUAAGGAGGAAAUAAAGACAUAAACGAGUUUAUGCUCGUCCAAUUUGUUUGAACAAUGUUCUACAAUAGUGAGUGCAUUGGUGGCGUAGGAAUCUACCGUUUUGCAAGCAGAGGUGUGAGCCACUUUGUAUGUGAAGUUUAGAUCAUCACCCAUUGCAUAUUACCAUCGGAGUAGCACGCAUGCAUGUGCCUUCUCCUGAUUUCGGGAGAGUGGCACACGAUUUCGUUUACGAACGAUGUAGAUGCAUGGUGCAUUGGGAAGGGAAAAAUAUGCGCGCGCACAAAAUAAAAAUUGUGCUUCAAGUAGACGUGUGAACGAGAGAUAAGUAAAAACCUGCGAGAGUGAUAUUUCGGUGGAAAAUGUAUAUUUUUUCACUCUAAUUUUUUUGACGAAAACAUACAGUGUAUGUAACGAAAAUUGCAGCUGAUAGCGAGUUGCACCGUAUUGGUAUUAUUCCAUCUUGAGCACACUGCUAGUAAAAUACAGUAAAGAUUAUUUAUUGUUUAAAGUAAAACUUUACGUAGGUUUAAAAUUAUUUACCUUAUUUGUGUUUAUUAUUUGCUGUAUAAAUGUGUGUAGAAUUCAUAUCCAAAAUA